AUAAAGUCCACCGACAGCGCGCCGUUUUUAUUCCAUCGGUUCUGAGAGCUCCAGCAGCAGAAUGUCUGGCAGAGGCAAGGGCGGGAAGGGGCUCGGCAAGGGGGGCGCCAAGCGCCACCGCAAGGUGCUGCGCGACAACAUCCAGGGCAUCACCAAGCCGGCCAUCCGCCGCCUGGCUCGGCGCGGCGGCGUCAAGCGCAUCUCGGGGCUCAUCUACGAGGAGACUCGCGGAGUGCUGAAGGUGUUCCUGGAGAACGUGAUCCGCGACGCUGUCACCUACACCGAGCACGCCAAGAGGAAGACCGUGACAGCUAUGGACGUGGUCUACGCCCUCAAGCGCCAGGGACGCACCCUCUACGGCUUCGGCGGCUAAAGCUCAUUGCUCCCAAACCAUCUCGAGAACCAAAGGCUCUUUUAAGAGCCACCCACUUUCUUCUAAAAAGAGCUGUGACAUUGUUUCUUGAUAAGGUGUCUGAGGUAAUGAUACAGUUACCGGAGCUCUAAAAAUCGUUACUGAGUACUUCCAGAAGGCUUUGUGUUUAGAUAUGUGUGAUUUAAUGUUCUCAUUCUGAUAACUUGACGUUUCUUUAGCAAAACAAGUCGUUUUUAGCGAACCUCUGAGUUUCUCUUGCAAAUGUUAACGUUUUUCAAACGCUCAUUGUAAUCAAAACUGAAUGUGUUCUUUGUUCAAAUCUUCUCUGAUUUGCGUUAAUUUCUGGAAUAAUGAUUAAUGUAUCGUGCUAUAAAAUUUUUAUCUUAAGAAAUUUCUUAAUUUGCUUUGAGAUUAAUGUUUCCUUAAUAAUGUUUCAAAAUAAAUAUCUUAAUUACUAUGA